AUGGAUGAUAUUGCACCGCCCCGAAGACCCAAUGGCCGACUACAGGCAUGCGAUCCAUGCCGAAAGCGUAAACUGGCCUGCGACCACACACAGCCUAUCUGUGGCCGGUGCACAAAGAGAAAGCAGGAAUCAGAAUGCGUGUAUCUCAGCACCGGCCCCAAAAGGCCCAGGUCUCGGAGUCCGCUGCCGUCUCCGACAUCAUCCGCACAGCUCUCCAGCAGUACCCGACACGAACCUCACCGGCUUAGCCAGAGCACUCCGGCUGUGAGACCCGAUGCACAGGCUCCGGGGUCCAUUGGGACCGGCUACCUCGGCCCGACCAGCUACUGCCACGUCUACGACAGCCUAUCGCUUCUCCAUGGAUCCGAGGGUAUCGUCUCGCCUCAGUCCGAGAAUACCACCCACCCCACCCCCGCUGUAGAAGCAGCGCAGCAGCAUUCGCAGAGCCAUCUCUCGGUCCGGGUGCGCGACAUGGCUCUCACAGUCCUACGCAACGUGCCGGACCCCGUGCGCGGGACCCGGCUGCUCCUUUCUUUCAAGAACGACGGUUGGGACCGCAUGGUCACGCUGCGGCUGGUGCAGUCCUUCUACUCUACCUUCGGGCACUACUUCAGCUCCCCGCCCCCCUCCGUCGACCGCCGGGACUUCGAGGCCGUGAUCCAAACCCUGUGCACGAACACCGCGCGGCCGUUCACCGACGACGAACCCGACCCCGAGCGGUGGUACGCGCAGUUCUCGGGCGCGAACAUGCGCUGGGAGUCGCUCGGCAUGCUGUCGAUCUACUGGCAGUUUGUGCCCGGCUCGGACCGCGGCGCGUGGAACGCGAAGAGGUCGGCGGAGUUUGAUCGGAACUUCGGCAUCGCGAGGGAGAAUCUGAGGCUGUGCGUCGAGCUGUGCAAGGAGUUCUCGGCGGGGAACACGCUGAUGGUGUACUUGAGCCAGAAGUGCACGGCGGUGGACUCGAUGCUGGUUGGUGAUGCUGAUUUGCUCGUAUGGAGAUCGCACGCCGAAGCCAUGGCCCUGGUGACGUUCCUCGGCUUCCACGUCCUCGAAGAGCGGGACCGCCACCGCGUAUCCUUCAUGUCCGAGAUCAAGAAGAGCCUGUACCAUCACAUGUACGCCAUGGCGCAGCUGCUAGUCUCUUUCACCGGCAGACCCCCCAUGAUGAGCCGACGAUUCGCGUCAGCGCCUCUCCCGCUAGAUAUCGGCGCCGAGUAUCUGUUCGCGGGCCACGACGAUCUCGUGAAAGCGAUCGAGCGCCUAGACGAAAAGGGGUGGAAUACUGAUGGGAAGAUGCAUUUCUUUACCCGUAUACGCGCCCGCUCGAUCCUCGCGGCGAUCCGCGAGGAGAUCUUUGAGAUUGCGCUUAGCAAUGAACAAGUCGCGUCCAUUGAAACCUUGCUAAAACUUCGAGAUCGAGAGUUACAAGCAGUGUCCGAGUUUCCCUCCUGCAUCCAGUUCAACCCCCUCGACUUGGAGGACCAGACGGUUCCCAUGCUAACGGUAAGCGCAAGGUUGUUCUUGCAGCAGGAACACUUGCAGAACAUGUUUUUCGUCGACAGACUCUUGCUUCGAUAUGGAUAUGAGGAUAAAGGUGAUUUAUUGAAGAUCAGCUAUGACUUGGUCACUCUGACGUUGCCCAGAUUUGCAGCAUUUCGAAAUGAUGCAGAAUGGCUUGUCAUGGCCUACGCCGUGCCCGCCGGUGGGAUUCUCUGUCUGGAGCUACUGAAGCCCAGUCUUCACGUCAAGUUUCCCAACGACCCCAAAAUCACCCGCUCCAACAUAAUCCAGAAGCUUAGCCUCCUUGUGGCCUAUCUAGACUGGGUCGGUCCGUCGGGAGUGAACGGCGCCCUUUGUAGCGAUGCAAAGUCGAUUAUCCAGCGAGUUCUCGACCAAACGUUGAACGCUGCAUCGAGCGUUUAUGAGCAGCCCACGGUGUUUGAGUGGGACCCUCCAACACAGCUCGACUUCAACUUCGACCUCCUCGAUACCUUCAACUGGAAUCGGCCGGAUUUCCCCUCGAGCCAACAAUCUAAUCAAUAG